GAUGACUAGAAAAGUUAAUGCCCCGUGAAAGCAAAGAAAAUAAUUGAAUUAGGAUCAUCUGUAUCCUAAUCAAUACAACUUCGGAAUCUACAACAUUGUGUUACAUACAGAAAAUACCAUAGAGUUGAUCAUUUUAUCAGGUACCUUGCAUUGACCGAUGGUCACCUCAUAGUGGACUUUCCUUCUCCUUUUCUUUGUAGGAUAUUUCCUCUUUCUCCCUCCCUGUUUGCCACAACAAAUCCGCCUCUUGUUGCUGACUUACUGCUGCUGAAAAUCCUCUUCCUGCUUGGACUUUUUCUGCUUCUGCCUUCGCUGCUGAUUUCUAGUCUAUCUUGCUCCUCAUCAGGGGAUCAGAACUCUGAGUGUAGUGGCAUAAUGAUUAAUUUGUGAUCAUAUUUGCGGGCAUAUUGAUCAUCAGGCCAUAUCUUGGGGUAGCCCUUGGGCCUCCGUAACAAAUAGAUAAACACACAAAGUAUUACGUAAGGGCCAUACCCAUCCAGUUGGUUCCACGAUCCGCACACACCCAAGGAAAGCAAUCGGAGAAGAAAGCCAAUAUCGUCUUUCGCCUUCCAUCUAUAUUUGUAAUCUGUUUGACCCCGCUCCGUCCAAAGUUUUCCCUUUUUCCGGUACUACAUAGUGAUAGAGUCUGGAUAGAAGAAAGACUAAAAGAUGGUAUAUGAAUUAUAAAAUAAUUCUAAAGCUGUUCAUUUAAUUUUAUAACAAUUCGAAACCGAAGCGUCUGAUUGUGGUAGCAGUACAGUAAACAGAUAGCAUUAGCAAUUAGUAGCAUUUAAGAGGGCGGAGAAAAUAAUACAUUAUGCUGCUAAUGGCGGAGACAGAGGCGGGUACCAGUUGUUAGUCUCUUCUUCUUCUUCUUCUUCACUACCUGACUUCCUUCGCCAUUACAAGACCCAAAAAAAAAUAUAAAGACUAGUAGCAAGUCUAGUAUGGCGGCGGCCUUGUCUUUUCCUUGUGCACUUGACACUGCAACCAAACAAUUUCAUCUGCUGUCUUCCGUCUUGUCUGGCAUCAUUGCCUGCAGAAUUGUUUACAAAUUAACAGCUUUUGUUAGCCGUUUGUACUUCAAAGGUUAUGGGAAACUCACUGAUGCGCAGAAAGUUGAAUGGAAUAACCGAGGGUUCUCGACAUUUCAUGCUCUCUUUGUUGCAUCAGCUUCUCUGUACCUCCUGCUGUUAUCGGGUCUUUUUUAUGAGGAUUCUAGAGAUGAAUUAGUUAUUAAUAGAACCUCUACUUUAUCGAACUCCACAUUGGGGAUAUCCGUUGGCUAUUUUCUGUCAGAUCUGGCAAUGAUUCUAUUUCAUUUUCCAGCAUUAGGUGGUAUGGAGUAUCUUUUGCACCAUGGACUAUCCAUGUUCUCCAUAAUCCUCGCCCUCCUAAGUGGUCAAGCACAGAUUUACAUAUUAAUGGUUCUCUUUUCUGAGAUCACAACUCCCUUUGUAAAUUUGAGAUGGUAUUUGGACGUUGCUGGUCAGAAGAGCUCUAAAUUGUACGUUUGGAAUGGAGUUCUAUUGUUCGUGGGGUGGCUGGUUGCAAGGAUUCUUUUGUUCAUCUUCUUCUUCAGCCACAUGUUUAUCCAUUUUGAUCAGGUCAAACAAAUAUUUCCAUUGGGCUUCUAUAGCAUUCUUGUGAUACCUGGGACAUUGGCAGUGAUGAAUGUGUUAUGGUUUUGGAAGAUAGUGAAAGGUUUGAUGAAACCCUUGUCUAAAGCUAGACAUGGUCAGUGCCCCACCCCCGCCGUUUUGUUUGUGGUAUGA